AUGUCGGCGCCGAUUUUCGCGCAGGAGGCCACGCAGGAGCGUGCGGAGAACGCUCGCCUGAGCUCGUUCGUCGGCGCCGUCGCACUCGGCGACCUGGUCAAGACCACGCUCGGACCCAAGGGCAUGAACAAGAUCCUGCAGAGCGUCGGCUCCAACGAUAUCGUAGUCACCAACGACGGCGCCACCAUCCUCAAGUCGAUCCACCUCGACAAUGCCGCGGCCAAGAUCCUGGUCAACAUCAGCAAGGUGCAGGACGACGAGGUGGGCGAUGGCACCACCAGCGUCUGUGUGCUGGCGGCCGAACUGCUGCGCGAGGCGGAAAAGUUGAUCGACAUGCGCAUCCACCCGCAGACCAUCGUCGAAGGAUACCGCAUCGCUUCCGCAGCCGCACUCAAGGCACUCGAAGAUACCGCCGAGGACCACGGUACCGACCCAGCCACGUUCCGCGAGGACCUCAUGAACAUCGCCCGCACCACGCUUUCCAGCAAGGUGCUCAGUGCCGACAAGGACUACUUUGCCAACCUUGCCGUCGACGCCGUCCUCCGCCUCAAGGGAUCCACCAACCUCGAGCACAUCCAGAUCAUCAAGAAGGCCGGCGGCAAGCUUACCGACUCGUACCUCGACGAGGGCUUUAUCCUCGACAAGAAGAUCGGCACCAACUGUCCCAAAUCCCUCAACAACGCAAAGAUCCUCAUCGCCAAUACGUCCAUGGAUACGGACAAGAUCAAGGUGUUUGGGGCCCGCGUGCGCGUCGAGGGCACCGGAAAGCUCGCCGAACUCGAGCGUGCCGAGCGCGAAAAGAUGAAGGCCAAGGUGGAAAAGAUCAAGGCGCACGGCAUCACGUGCUUUGUCAACCGCCAGCUCAUCUACAACUACCCCGAGAGCCUGCUUGCCGAUGCGGGCAUCAUGUCGAUCGAGCAUGCCGAUUUCGAAGGUGUCGAGCGUCUGGCCCUCGUGACCGGCGGCGAGAUUGCGAGUACGUUUGACCGACCGGAUCUGGUCAAGAUCGGCCAAUGUGGUCGGAUCGAGGAGGUGAUGAUUGGCGAGGACAAGCUGAUCAAGUUCUCGGGCGUUGCCGCCGGCGAAGCGUGCACCGUCGUCCUGCGCGGUGCUACGUCUCAGAUGCUCGAUGAAGCAGAGCGAUCCCUCCACGACGCCCUCUCCGUUCUCUCGCAGACGGUGGGCGAAACACGCGUGUUGCUGGGAGGUGGAUGUGCCGAGAUGAGCAUGUCCAAGGUGGUGGAUGAUGCUGCGCGAUCCACGUCGGGCAAAAAGGCGAUUGCAACAGAAGCAUUCGCAAAGGCCCUCCGACAGCUGCCUACGAUUCUGGCGGAUAACGCUGGGUUGGACUCGUCCGAGCUUGUGGCGCAGCUGCGUGCAGCCCACCAGCACGGCGACAAGUACGCGGGACUCGAUCUGGAUGCGGGCAAGCUGGCGGAUAUGAAGCAAAAGGGCGUGCGCGAGUCGUACAAGCUCAAACGCCAGGUGGUCAUCAGCGCCACCGAAGCCGCCGAGAUGAUCCUGCGUGUGGACGAUAUCCUCAAAUGCGCGCCGCGAAGACGCGAGGCCCACUAA